AUAAAAAAAAUGUGAACUUUCUAUAUAUAAUUGGUUGAUGAAGUAAUGAAAUAUUUGAUGCAAGUAUUAGACAUCUCCAUAGGAGACAAAUUGAGAGGUGGUCGGCGUUGGCUAGUGGCUACGACAUUUGAUGCGUGGUCGGCGUUGGCUACCAUCUACACAUGCGGCUCCAAAAUUCAGAUUUGGCAGCUCACCAAGACUCUUCAAAACAUCCAUCGCGGUGACGCCACAAUCCAUGAUUAUCUUCAGACUGCCAAAGCCAAGGCUGAUCAAUUGGCGAUGUUGGGCUCUCCCGUCUCCAACGACGAUCUUACCGAUUGGAUUCUCGAUGGCUUGGGUGAAGAUUAUCGUCCGUUUGUGUGCCAUAUCGAGGCGCGUAUGGCACUGAUUAGCUUUGGAGAUCUUCACUCCCUUUUCCUCGGUGAAGAACUCCAGUUCCAGCGCUAUUCCUCCCAUUCGGAUUCUCCGGCGCCGACCGCCUUCUUCUCCAUCACCGGUGACUAUUGCGGAAGAGGAGGCCGAGGUCGAGGACGAGGAUCCUCCCACUGCAGUUAUUACCCUAACACAACCUUUUCUCCUUUUUUGGCAGGUCGAGCCCGACAAGUAGCGUUUUUGGGCCCCGACCCAUUGGUCUAGUGGUGGUGUGUCAUAACUGUGGAUGUCGACGCCGCGGCCACAGUAUACCAAAUUUUCCAAGCCCAGCUAUGAACACACACAACAACUCGACCCAUCCAGCCCAGUCUGCUGCCCCUAUUCCUUCCUACGCCUCACUUCCCUCCCCUGCUGUCCCACACACCAUGUUUUCUUCAUCACCUGCCCAAGCUUUCAACCAACAAUAACAGCUACUCGAUUAUGGCACCAACCAUCACCUCACCUCGGAUUUAGACAACCUCGCCCAUCAUUCUAAGUAUAAUGGGACUGAUCAUGUCACUUUUGGCAAUGGUAACUCUCUUGCAUUCUCGCGUUAUGGUUCAUUCAUCACUUCUAAAUCCAAUACUUCCAUUUUCUUGGAUAACAUUCUUCAUGUGCGACAUGCUCCUUACAAUCUCUAAUCCAUAAGAUCUCUCACUCGUUCUAAUCCUAUCUCCAUUGAAUUUUUUUACUCUCUUUUUCACAUCAAGGACCGACGCACAGGGAGGAACUUUAUCGAGGCUAUGCGGUGGAUGGCCUUUACUCGUUUCCAUUUCAUAUCUCUCGCCAUCUCUCCCCCAACACGUGUGUGGCUUCCUUUGACAUUUGGCAUCGUCGUCUUAGGCACGCUCAUGAAAGGGCGCUCAAGCAGGCUCUUCAUCAGAAUCAAAUAAAAUUUGUUCU